UGUUUUGAAGCAGACACUAUUAGAACUGUCAUCGACUAAAAUGGAAAUAUUGCCUUGAAUUCAUCAACUUUUUGCAGGAAUAGGGUUUGGAACAGGCCCAGCUUCUGCCUGUCUACGCAACUAGAUCAAAUUUUAAUCUUUAAUUCACUUUGAAUUGCGUAGUUUAGACAAUUUCACAUAGGCCUAACCUAAAUAAAAAAAACCCUGAAAAUAAAAAAAACCCAAACAAAAGUGUGAGAAAUAAGGUAACGUUUUUUCCAAUACAUGUAGCUUAUUGCUGGACUUUAAAUAUAAUGUUGGGAGGUCAAUAAAUAUCUUCGAGUACGCAUUAUAAUUUAUUCAUUUGAAGUUGAAGAAAUAGUACAGUUGAUUGAAGUGAAGAAAACAUUGGUUGGCAUAAAUUUCAAUUUUGCACUGGUUGUACAGACAGCCCAAUUUCUAGAUGGUUUCCACUCAACAUCAGGAUUUUCUAAGAGGAAUUGUUGGUGAAGAUGGCAGGAUUUCAGAAACAGACAAACUAUAAGUCGAUUGGGUCAUAUUAUGAAGAUACGAAUAUGGAUUCAGAAAUACCUCAUGUUGAAACUGAGAUGAUUCAUAUGGUACCAGAGAGAAGCAAAGCUCGAUGGAACCACAUUGAAAAUCUUGAUGAAUUCUUUACCCGAGUCUACCACUAUCAUCAGCGAGCUGGUUUCCUGUGUAUGGUGGCAGAAGAAAUACUACAACUAGUGCAAUUUGUGUUUGUGGUUGUGUUUUCAGCAUUUUUAUUAAAUUGUGUAAAUUAUGAUGUGUUAUUUGCUAAUGUCCAUUAUAAUACAACUCACAAAGUUACCAUUAAUGAAGCAGUCUAUAAUUCAGAACAGUGUUUAGAAAGGUUUGAUUUUACGCUGAUAGUGUGCCUCAUUAUUGCUGCUGCCUUCUGGUUAUUGCGUCUCGUUAAAGUUAUUUAUAAUAUUUUCAAGUAUUAUGAAAUACGAUCCUUCUUUCUGACGGCUCUUAAAAUAUCAGCGUCUGACCUACCAAACAUGACCUGGCAUGAAGUACAGCGCCGUUUAUUAGAAGUACAGAAAGAACAACAGAUGUGUGUACAUAAAACAGAACUCACAGAAUUAGAUAUAUACCAUAGAAUAUUACGUUUUAAAAACUACUUAAUAGCCAUGGUUAAUAAGGAAGUAUUACCUGUGAAAUAUAAUCUGCCAUUCAUUGGAGAAUACGCAUUUCUGAGUACAGGAUUGAAAUAUAAUUUGGAAAUGAUACUUUUCUGGGGUCCUUGGUCACCAUUUGAAAACAACUGGCAUCUGAGAGAUGAAUUUAAAAUAACUAAUAGAAGAAUUCCUCUUGGAAAUCAAUUGAGUAGUAGAUUUUUCUGGCAUGGUGUAGCUAAUCUACUUCUAUGUCCGGUCAUAUUUCUCUGGCAGAUAUUAUACUUUUUCUUCCGUUAUGGUGAGCUAAUAAAGAGAAAACCUGGUGCUUUAGGAGCCAGAAGAUGGUCCAACUAUUCUCGUCAUUAUCUUCGCCACUUUAAUGAAGUAGAUCAUGAAUUUGAUGCAAGAUUGAGUAGAGCCUAUGGUUUAUCUAAUCUUUAUCUUAAUAUAUUUACAUCUCCCUUUCUUGUCAUUCUAGCCAAGAAUACAGCUUUUUUUGCUGGUUCUGUAUUAGCUGUAUUGGUGGUAUUAACAGUUGUAGAUGAAGAUGUACUUAGUGUUGAACAUAUGUUAACUACCAUGACAAUAGCAGGUGUGAUAGUUACUGUUUGUAGUAGUCUUAUUCCAGAAGAGCAUACGAUAUAUUGUCCUGAGAGAUUGAUGAGAAAUAUACUAGCCCAUAUACAUUAUAUGCCUGAACAUUGGAAUGGUGUAGCACAUACUUAUAAAGUCAGAGAUGAAUUCUCUCUUCUCUUCCAGUAUAAAGCAUCAUAUUUAAUAGAAGAGUUACUAAGUCCAAUCAUCACACCGUUUAUACUGUGUUUUUACUUCAGUACCAGAUCUUUACAGAUUGUAGAUUUCUUCCGUAAUUUUACUGUAGAAGUUGUUGGAGUAGGAGAUGUCUGUUCUUUUGCACAGAUGGAUGUCAGAAAGCAUGGCAGCCCUCAGUGGGGAACAGCAACAAAAGAUGAUAUUACCGAAUAUCAACAAGCUGAAGAUGGUAAAACAGAGUUAUCUCUGAUGCACUUUCAUCUUACCAAUCCUGAAUGGAAACCACCUGAUAAUUGUAGUCUAUUUAUAAAUAAUGUCAAAGAUCAAGCCCAUCGUGAUAUAGCAUCUAUGAGUACCAUGCAAUUUGAUAAUCCUGCAGCGUCAUCACUCUAUGGUCUGUCUGUAGCUCUGCCAAGUCUUGGACCUGGUUUAGGAUUUGGGUAUUCCAGUAUGAUCUCCAGUAUAACUGGUCAAAGUGCCAUUAAUUUACUACCAUCUACUACAGUACAGUCUUCGGCAUCCUGUACAAAAUUCCGUGGCGCCGUUUCUAAUCUUGAAAUACCUCCCGGUAGCACUAGUGGUAUACUAACCAGUAUGCACAGCUCAACAGAGUUGCAACCUAGUUCCAUGGGAUUUGCUGGACAUUCCAUGCGACAGGUUGACGAAGGAACAAUAGAACUAAUGUCAGCUGAUAUGAGUUUCAGUGCUCUAUACAUGCAUGAACUGCGCAGGCGACGCCCUCCUAAUCGCGCUGGCAUACAGUUAGAUAACUUUGAUGAAAGUCGUUCGAGGAUGAUGCAUCGUCAAGACAGCAAUACACCACACACCCCGGUUAUGCCUGAGAUUCAAGAAAAGUCAACUGAAGAGGAAGAAAGAGAGAGAUUAACAAAAUAGAUUCCAGGAUAUAUUUAUCAUUAUUGGAAUUCUGAAGAUCAAAUGAGAUCAGUCAGAUGGCUGUAAAACAUUGAAAUGGCACUGUAAUUAUCUUAACACAUUGCAUUGCAGGAGUGAUACCCAUGGCUAUGGGACAAAGAGUUAAAUCACUGAUUCAUGUAAUAACACACAAAAUCCUAAUUGCAAAUAUGCAAGAUUUAAUGUUUAUGACACACCCUUGAAUGCUAACCUUAAACAGAGUUAUUUGUUUAUACCCCCUCCUAAGACUUUGUGUAGGCCACAAGAAACAAUUUAUGAUAACUAGAUAUUAGUGUAUGAGGAUUGGACAUUCUUCCACCACAAAUUAUAAUUAUAUAAUUCAAUUAGAAAACCCAAUUGUAAAGAGAAAAACAAUCAGUUUUCCCUCCAGGGGUAAUCUGGCAGAUAGGUUUAAGAUGAUUUCUUUAGGUCAUGAGGUCUGUCAUAAAGUCAGGUGAAAUGAUUUUGUACAUGACAAGGAGUAGUCACCUACCUAACAACAGACUUUUCCCAGGGUCCCUCGGUUUUCUCCCACCGGUAAAAGGCUCAAUGCACAGUUGAAUUACUUAAGAGAAAAAAUAUUCCGUUAUGCUAGUCAAAAAGAGUAAACCUUAUUAUUAAACUCCAUAUCUCUCUCUCUCUCUCAUAUUAAAGGGACUAUCCCGAUUUCAAGAGUAUCAAAAAUAAAAGUCGGGAGUACGUAUGAAAUUUAAGCGCCAAAAUAUAGAGGAAUGGUGUAUUUACCUUCUCUCAAAAUUCCAGCUUAAAAUAUUGAGUCGUUUGGACGUGAACGUCAAAACUGCUUAUCCGGACACGUAACCCUUUUAAGAUUUUGGGUCAGUUUUUUCGUUGGGUGACCUGAUAAUCGAUUCCCGUUCCUUGAGAGGUCUAUAUAGUGAAUGGCCCAUGUGCUCUACUUGAUAACGAAAGGUAAAUUUCACCUACACAUUAUUAUUAUAAAAUAAAAGUCUAGUUUUAUGCAGACACCGCAUAAUACAGCUUGGGACACCGGUCUCCAUUUCCAGAUGAAGAAUGGCAGGUUUAAGUUGUUUGAAAACGUAUCACAAAUAGUGAGUUAGUUGCUCGGCCCUUAGCUAGAGGAAUUUAAGGGAUUUUAACACAAAAUUAAGCAGUUUUAUUCUGCAAAAAAUAUCGGGAUUAGCCCUUUAAACUCCAUAUCUCUCUCUCUCUCAUAUCCUCCCCAUCCUUUUGUGCUUUUUAGCCCUAGAUGUAUACAAAAUGCUUAUGUUGCAUUCAUUCCUCUUCUGAAGAAUGGCUAAGGAUCCAGCAAUCAUAAAUAGGCAGAACAUGGGGCAUAUGGAAUAUGAUUUUAUUGUAUAGUAAGAUUUAAAAUUAACAUACAAGUAAAAUGGUAGGCAUAUAUCUUUUCUGGCAACCUAUUUUAUCUUUUUGUCUACUAUUUACUGAUUGUAAUUUGCUUUUUUUUAAAAAACCUAUCUUUGCAUAAUUAUAAUGCUUUUAUUCUUUCCACCUUGUGGCAUAUAUUUGCAAUAUGAUUCAUUCUUUGUGAAUUGUGCUUUUUCUUUGUUUAAAAAACAAUUCUUAGUCUAUAGUGAUUUAGCAUUCAUAAAAUUUUUCUUACUUUUUUUCAUAAUGUAUUUAAGGACAUUCUUGAUACAUGUAUAUGUGUGGGGUGAUUUAUGUAUUGAAGGUAUGCUUACUCCUUCCAGAACAUCUGAUACCACAACUUGAUUUAUUUGAACAUUAAUAUUGAAUGCCUGUAUUUUGUACUAUUUGUUUUGUGUUUUGACCAUGCCCCAAUAGUAGAUGCUUAAUAAAUUAUAUAUUUAUUAGUGUUUGUCGAUCUUCAGAUGGGGGUUGGUAUUAAUUUUUUAAAAAAUUAGAUGUGCACUACGUGAUAUGAAGUAUGUUGUGAAUAAGGAACAAAAUCAACAGAAUAAUUUCAUUGAUCGUCUACAAGAAAGGGGAAAAAUUGGCUUGUGGAGCUUUGAUAAGGCUAGCUUCAAAAGUACAUACAUUUAUAUUUGAAUUUUUUGAUGUCUAUUGGAUAGGGAGGGCACUUGUGCCCCCCGUCCCGGCCACCACUACUGAUUUUUACAAUGGGCUUAUUGUAUUCGUUAAUUGAGUGCUGCUAUUUGCAACCACUACAUGUAAUUGUUACAGUUUCUCCACGUUUAAAUUACAUUUAACUUAGAUUUUUAACUUAAAGUAAUUUUAGUUGAAUGGCAUAUCUAAUUUCAUCUUCUUCCAUUAAAGUUUAUACCGGUUUAUUAUAUAUAUUUACAUAAUGUUAAAUAACUACAUUUAUAAGCUAAUUAAUGUUAAAUAUAUGUUAAAUACACGUCGUUAUAAGCUGAUUAAUGUUGUCAGUUAAUGUUGAAUUCUUGUAAAAUAAAUAUUAUAUUGUUAAAUUCUGGUAAAAUAACUAUUAUUAUGUUAAAUUCUGGUAAAUAACUACAUUAUGGUAAAUUGUAUAAGUUAAUUAAUGUUAAAUUACCAUUUACUGUUAUCGUAUGUUGUAGCAGUUGUAAUUCACAUCUGUGAAUUUAUAUGAUAAUGUACAUUUAGAUUUAGAUUUGCAGUGGAAAGAAAUCCUUACAAUAUAUUCAUCAAGUUUAUCGUUUUGAGCAACAGAAAUAAUUUACCCAAUAAUUGGGAUUUAUUCGCUAAUCUAUGUUUAUCUAUGUUUAAACCCUGAUCUUGUAGGGAUAUAUCUUUAAACUUAUACCAUCAUGCAUAAUUACAUGUAAGUAAUGAUACAUUCUUGUCUUGGAUGUUUCUAUAUACAUGUAUGUAUGUACAUGUAAAUGGGUAUUAAUGUUUGUACUACUGUUUUGUGAAAUUGUGUGAUCAAUUAUUUUUCACAUUGUGGCAAAUAUUUUUUGAGAUUCCCAGCCUUGCCCUUUAAUGUUUAGGGUGGAUGCUACACAUAUAUUCAGUUAUUUUGUCUUUAUUACAGUGAAAACACCAGCACCUCUAAAAAAAAUUGUUGUCUUGAAAUAACCUGUUUUCCUUGUUGUGAUUGUAUUGCAUUAGUUUUUUUUAUGUUGUAUAAUAAUAAUAUAUGGUCCUGGGCUGGCAAUGAUCAAUAUAGUGUGUUGGAAGGGGUAAGGUAAUGUUGUUUUUGCUGUAUUGUUCAUAAGCAAUCCUAUUGAUAUUUGAUUAUAAUGGGGAGAAGUCGAUGAUUAUUGUAAUUUUUAAGGCCGAUGUCCAUCAGGCACAGUAACGACAACCAAACCUCAGCACAUUUUGGCUUGUUCCAGUAAUGAAUGUAAACUGAACCAAAUUGUUGAAAUUGAUUAUCUGUGUGAUUUAAAAUAAAAGCGAAUGAAAACAUCAAAUUUUCAAAUUUAGUUCAGGAACAUCAUUUUCUUCCUCAGUUUCUGAGAGGGUUACUUAUGGCUGAUCUUGUUGGACAUUGGAAACUGCAGGAUGAAGCUGAAGCUGUUGUUGUGAGCAUUUUAAGCAAAUUUACCUAUCAUUUCCAAACAGCUGAAUAUUUUGAUAUAAAAUGUUUAGAAAAGGUAUAGUUGGGCUGGGACUGCUCUUUUAACCGCUAAAAGUAGAGUCCUUAAGUAUGAAAACUAAACUCUCUUAAGUCAACUGUAACUCAAAAUCAGUACGGACUUUGAUUUUCCUACCAUUGUAAGCUUACAUUGAUAAACGCACGAUUCUAAGCUAUAAUUGAUUUUAAGUGAUUUAGUAUUUUGUUAAUGUCACCUUGUAAGGCGGCUGCAACCAAUAAAACUUAAAAUAUUUUACCCUGAAAUGUUAAAAUGUGGACUAGGUUUUUAAAACAGAUUUUAAUAUGUGUGUAUUUAAUUGAUUUGCUAUUGUCACAGCCUGAGCUAUUGGUAUUACUUGUAGAUUAUUGAUGUUUAUUAAUAGUGAUAUGGUACACUGGGAUUUCACUAUAACAAUUCAUGGUUCAAUGUUAUGUGGGGUAUCACAGCUUUUUUAAAUCCAUGCUAAAAUGUACUGAUAUUGAUUAUUUAACAUUAAAUUCGGAAAUAAAGUCAGUGGGUUCAAUAUGGAGGACCUGGCAAGGACAUCAUCUAGUCAUUCGAAUGGCUGAAAAACCAAGGUCCUGUAUAUGCAUUAUCAUGCACGUAAAAAAAACCUUGACAUUUGGAAUUCGAAAAUAAGAGAAGGUCUUAGUGCCGCUGUCCAAACAAAAUUUCCCUCAUAGCACACUGUAUGGUGUACGCCCGUCUUUGUUAGCCCAGACGGUGCAGAAAAGUAGGUCAUUAACCCCAUUUCAUUCUGUUUGCAACAGAUUAAAACUCCUCAAAUGAUGAUCACAGACUUAGAGUAGCAAUAAUAUUUUGCAAAUAGGAAUUAUUUGUAAAAUAUGAAUAUUAAUUUAUAUAUCUUAAAAGUUUUAGCACCAUUACAUGGAACCUUUUUGAAUAAAUGCCACCCAUUGCUUCUAAUUCACUUACUGUAAACAAAAGCCAUUUUUGGUUGCCAUAUAAUUUAAGAAAUUGAGAUUUCAAAGGCUGUAUUUGAGAAAUAUAAGGAUUUGUAGGGUACAGUAUGCUUUAGCUAUAACAAUAGGGGGGGGGGGGGUAGGUGGAUGGCCAAAUGGUUAGAGCGUGCACUUUGUGUCAUAAGGUGGUCAUUGAAUCAAUUCUGUGAUUUCAAUUCCCUGGUUGUAUGUGACAAGGAGUUUGAUCGCCUGUCCAACCUCAUGGCUUUUCUCUGGGUUCUCCCACUGCUAAAGACCCACCCCUACACCCAAGCGAAUUAGUGAAAUGGCAUUGAACCAUAUGUUAGUCCCAAAACCUAGUUUGUGUCGAGUGGAAUUAAACCCCAUUUCUCUCUCGUCAUAACAAUGUGAUUUACUCCAUGCAAAGACUGCAUAUGUUUUGUGAAUUAUAAAAAUACUGCUACCAAAGUCUGUGUUUCUGCCAAGAAACUUAUGUUGGCUUUCUACUAUCGCCAAUGGAAACCUAGCCUGAGUGUCUUGCUAUGAAACAGACUAUAUGUGGCCCCAUGACCAUAAUUGUCACAACAGUACACGAUACACCAUGCAAACAGAAUUCACCAUCGUUUAGUGAUAUCCCAGUGAUAUUGAAUAGUUAGUUGUUGUUUAGUUUAGUUUCACUUGUUGUAAUAAAAGCAGCUUAUUUUUAAAAAUGUACAUAAAAUUAACUAUUUAUUAUUGAAUAAAACAAUUUUUAUUUCCA